AGAAAAGCCGACAAAACCCGUUCGCUCAGUAGGGGACACCUUGUUUGUUGCCGCGGCCCUCAUCCAGCGUUAGCGGCGCACUUUUCCAGAAGAAGACGGAUCGGAUUUUCAGUACCAACUAGAAAGUCCAGUUCGACCGACCGAGAUGUCACAGGAGCAUGACAAUAAGCGUGCGGUCCUGGUUCUCCAGAACGAGGCAGGCUAUGGCGGCCAGCGUCGCUCCUUCACCACAGAAGAUGAAGCCUGGAAAUCAUUUCUGGAGAACCCGCUGACAGCUGCCACCAAGGCCAUGAUGAGCAUAAACGGAGACGAGGACAGCGCUGCAGCUCUUGGGCUUCUCUACGACUACUAUAAGGUGCCCAGGGAAAAGAGAACAAUAACCCAGAGCAAGCCAGAAGCACUGGCCUGUGAUGUGGAUCCCAACAAAAGGCAUCAGAUCCAGGCCGGACACUCCAUAGGUCCACACCACGAAGCCGGUAUGGAGAACAGGAUCCAGGUUCUCAAGGGGCCCUUCAAUAUUCUACAGCUGGCCCAGGACAAGAGGCAGUUCCCCUCGCCAGACACAACUGUCACAGUUUCCAUCGCCGCCGUGCCAAACUACCCGCCCAUCAAGACAGAGGGGCCCAGCCAAGGCUUCUCGGUGACCAUACCGAACAACUGCACCGAAACUGACAGCCACGUGGGCGUCUUCGAGCGCCAGCUCACCCACAACGGGGUCCAGUUCAGUCCCACCACCCAGUCCCGCACGCCCCCUGACUCCACCUUCUCCGAGAGUUUCAAGGAUGGUUCCCAGGAGGUGUUUUCCUUCCCAGGGGAUCUCCAGUUACGCAUGGCCUCCAUGACGCCUGACGAGUACCCACAGUUCGACGCUAUGCCGGGGAAUCAUUUUGAGUACACCCUCGAGGCGUCCAAGUCCCUGCGUCAGAAGACAGGUGACGGGACGAUGACGUACCUCAACAAGGGCCAGUUUUACCCCAUCACCCUCAGGGAGGUCGACAGCAAAGGCAUCCAGCAGCCCAUCACCAAAGUCCGAAGUGUGGUGAUGGUGGUGUUCGGAGAGGAGAAGUGCAGAGAUGAUCAGCUGAAACACUGGAAGUACUGGCACUCCAGACAGCACACCGCCAAACAGAGGUGUCUGGACAUCGCUGACUACAAGGAGAGCUUCAACACCAUUGGCAACAUUGAGGAGAUUUCCUACAAUGCCAUUUCUUUCACCUGGGACACCAACGAGGAGGCCAAGAUCUUCAUCUCCGUCAACUGCCUGAGCACGGACUUCUCCUCUCAGAAGGGCGUGAAGGGUCUUCCUCUGAACCUGCAGAUCGACACCUACAGCUACAACAACCGCAGCAACAAGCCCAUCCACCGCGCCUACUGCCAGAUCAAAGUCUUCUGCGACAAGGGGGCCGAGAGGAAGAUCCGCGACGAGGAGAGGAAGCAGUCCCGCAGGAAAGGGAAGGUGGCCGAGCUCAACCCUGGCCUGGCCUUCGUGGACGUCAAAGUGCCCAUCCUCCAGAAGCGCAACGACGUCACCAUCUUCAAGAUGAUGAACGACUUCGAGACCCAGCCUGUCCUCUUCAUCCCUGACAUUCACUUCUCUUCCUUCCAGCGCCAUCCAUACUCGACAGAAGAUGGAGAGGAGAGUUCGGGCAUGAAGAGAUUACCCUUCAGUGACGACGAGUUCGGUGCGCCUCCAAACAAGAUGGCAAGAGAGGAGGAACCAAAGAAAGUCCUGCUGUACGUGCGCAGGGAGACAGAGGAGGUGUUUGAUGCUCUCAUGCUGAAGAAUCCCACGCUGAAAGGCCUGGUGGAAGCUAUUUCAGAAAAGUAUGAAUUACCUUUGGACAAAGUUGGGAAAGUCUACAAGAAGUGCAAGAAAGGGAUUCUAGUCCACAUGGACGACAACAUCAUCAAACACUACUCGAACGAAGACACCUUCCAGAUCACCAUGGAGGAUUUGGGCGGCAUGUGUAAACUCACCCUCACCGAAAUCUGAUUGGACAGGAAGAGGUGACGUCACCCAGAGGAGAGGGAUCCGAGCCGUCAGGAGUAGUGGUUUACACACCUAGCUAUGCAGUGACUACGGACUUGAUCUGAAAUGUAAAUCAUGUUGUUUUGUGCUGUUUUAAAAGUCCCACAAGAGGUAUUGAAAAAAGCCAUAGCUCUUAAUAGACCACAAUGUUUAUUAGAUAUAUAAGUUAUACAUUUGGAUUCGUUUGAAAACCCUCUUGCGCAUAAUAAUCAACAAGUUAGGACAGGUUUGAUCGUUACGCUGACACCUUCAUUUUGUAUUCAAUAAGCUGCACCUCAAAUAUUAGUGCCUACUGUUGUACGUUGUUUGUGGUGCUGCUAUACCUCAUGCUAUGCUAGCAGCAGUGUUUCCCAUAGGUUUGAAUUGUAUGAGGAGAAACCGCUCCCUUCCAAAAGCCAUAGCACUGAUGAUUACAAUCAGUAAAGUUGGGUAUUUUAAUGCACAAAUGAAGACUGCAAAUUAUCGAUGGAGCCCCAGUGGUUCAGUGUAUUAAUACCAAACAAUGCGGCAGUAUUUCGUGUGUAAAACCUUCUUUAACCAUCAUGCAGUAAGGGGGAGAAUAUCUGUACAGUAAAUGUUUGUUGUAUUUUUUUCUCUUUGCGUAAAAUACUUGUUUUUUGUGAGUGAAAUGGCUAAAAAGAUGUUUUUCGUCGUAUCAAGUUAAAAAAAUGGCCUCUUUGUAAGUAUUAAAUAGUUACUAAAUAUAUUGAUAAGACAGUGUACCCAUUCCCUGUAGAGUAUUUUUCUGAAUAUUGAUGAAAUAGGUCAAUGGAUGUCUAGUACAGUCUGCGCAGUCUGUUCUGGAAGUGCAAUAUGAUAUUUAGGUUCAGGCACGUUCAGAAAAAAACUCCUAUAUUGCCACAACUACAGUAUAAUACUACUACUACUACUACUACUACUAUUAAUAAUAAUACAAACUUAAUUGAUAAAACUACUCUUCAUUUUUUAAUGGAAAUAUUGUUGUAUAUAUCCACUGACAAAUGGAUCUACAGGAUCCCUUCUUUUGUAUCUCAGUACUUAUUGUGUAUAUAUUUAUUAAGAGAACGGAUGUGGGUCAUUAUGUUGUUUUUUACCAUAUAUAUCCAAAUUUCUAUUAUUCCUAAUAAUAUAAUGUUUUUUUUUUCCUUUUUAUAUGAAGCUAUUCUAAGCUAAGCUAUUCUUACAUGUCAAGGGACAAAAAAGAUGUUUUCAAUCUUUUUUUUUUUUUUUUUGUAAAGGAUUUGAUGCACAAAGUGCCCAAUAAAGGCUCUCUAGUAGCUGCUGUUUUGGUUGUGUCAGACUUUUUUCUUUAUUUUCAAACGUCAGCCUAUCUAUUACAAACCCAAAGAUGUGUAAUUGAUGGAUAUGAAUUGGUUUAA